UAUUAAAAUUUUUUUUAAAAUCAAAAACAAAAUCAUGAGCAAAGCCAGAUAAAUGAACAAAAAGAAGAAGUUCGUUGCCGAUGGUGUCUUCUAAGCUGAAUUACACUCCUUUUUAAGCAGAGCAUUGACUGACGCUGGAUAUGCUGGAUUUGUUGUCAGAACAACCCCAGUCUAAACAGAUAUUGAAAUCAAGGCUGCAAACACUGCAGGAGUCACAGGACCAGAAGGAAGAAAAUUAAGAGAACUUACAAGCUUAAUCCAAAAGAGAUUUGGAUAUGCCAAAGGUAUUAUAUUAUUUUCUAUCAUUUACUUUAGAGGCUCUUCAAUUAAUUGUUGCUAGAGUUUAAUCUAAGGGAUUGUGUGCUCCAGCUUAAGCUGAAUCACUUAAAACAAAAUUACUUGCUUAAGUACCUGUCAGAACUGCAGCUAAUGCAGUUUUGAAAUAAAUCAUGGCUGAUGGUGCCAUUGGUGCCGAAUGUAUCAUUUCUGGUAAAUUGGGACAACAAAGAGCAAAAUCUAUGAAAUACAGAGCUGGUUACAUCAUCUCCACAGGUCAACCAAAGAAAGAUUUAAUUGAUGUUGCUGUCAGACAUUGCUUCUUCAAAUAAGGUAUCAUUGGAGUCAAAGUAAAGAUCUACAGACCAUAUGAUCCAUCUGGUAUUUUAUUAUAAUUAAUUUUUUAAUAGGCAAGAAAGGAAUUCCCAUUGAAGUUCCAGAUAAAGUCAGAUUCCCAGAAUAAAAGGCUGAAUAAGAAGAAGAGGAAAUUAGAGAACUUAUUAGUCAAUGAUAUCAAUGAAUGUAUU